CAUUACGGUAAAGUCGAUGUCCGGUUCAGAAUUGUUUAAAAGUUCUGUUGAAAGAAUUCUGCGGUCGCCACUGCAAACCCGCUGAACCGGCAAAUUGUUUUCUUGAAUACUCGUAACCGAUAACUUUAAUAUCACGUUCGGUCCCAAGCAAAUAUUUAUUUGCAUAUGAGUAUUUUUGACUUACAUUCCUGUAUCGUCAAAAAUGAUAUCGCUUCGAUGCCAGGGUUCACUUUUACAGAUAUCGCGUAUCCUCUCGUUGUUCCUACUGUCUUCUUACCUGUUGGAAGAAACCCUUUGCGCCGACAUUCAGUGGAACGGUAACUGGGCCUUCGGCUGCGAUUUCUCCGGUAACGAUCUCGAUCGCGCCCAGGUACCCGGGGAGCAGUGCGGUGGGCAGUGCUCCAGCAAUCCCCAGUGCACGCAUUUCUCCUGGACUCGCUGGAACGGUGGGACAUGUUUCUUGAAACGCGGAUCUAUCAGCAAAUCCAAUGCCAUCAAAACCGGGGACGAUUCCAACGUAUGCGGUGUCAUUCGCGAAACUGGCGGUGGCGGUACGCAGACAGGGAAGACGACCCGCUACUGGGACUGUUGCAAACCCAGCUGCUCGUGGAAUGGUAAAGCCGACGUGAGCAAUCCUGUCAAAACCUGCCGCAAAGACGGUUUCACCCAGCUGUGGGAUGUCAACGCCCAGAGCGGUUGCGGCGGUGGAGAAGCGUACGUUUGUAACGACAACAUCCCUUGGGCAGUCAACGACAACCUGGCUUAUGGAUUCGCUGCCGCUCAUAUCAAGGGCUCCGAUGAGCGCGGUUGGUGUUGUGGGUGCUAUAAACUGGAUUUCACCAGCGGACCGGUGUCCGGCAAGUCCAUGAUCGUGCAAGUGGUUAACACCGGCGGCGACCUCGGGGAGAAUCACUUUGAUCUGCAGAUUCCGGGCGGCGGUUUCGGGAUCUUUGAUGGAUGCACGCGACAGUGGGGACUGGCAGAGAGUGUGUGGGGAAAUCGGUACGGUGGGGUGUGGUCGCGGGAUCAGUGCAAUGCGCUGCCGCAGCCGAUUCGGGACGGAUGUUAUUGGCGGUUUGAUUGGUUUAAGGGAGCGGAUAAUCCAAGCGUGAACUUUGCACCGAUACAGUGUCCAGCGGAACUGCAGCGUAAGAGCAACUGUGCUCGAAAAUAGUGAAACCGUAAUGCAUCACGAUUCACGAAUUACAGUAUGUGGAUGUUUACUUAUAUAUAGAUAUAACUACUUACAGUAGAUACGGAAGUUAACAAAACAAUUUUCAUAGAUUUGGCAAGAAUAUUGGAAGAAUUAGCGGAUUUUGAAUAUAAAUGCGAUAAUUUAGUAUAAAAAUUGAUUGUGCAAGUACAAUGCUGAUCAAUUGAACAUUGGUUCAAUUAUCAUUAAUUCUGUUGUUGUUAUACUUCAAGUACUGUCAAAAUGUUACAACUUUAUUCAUGCGAAGGAGCUGGUGGAACUUAUGCCUUGGACCUUUAAAUGUGCAUUGCACUGACCAGUCGCAUUGUCUAACCGUCAGUCGUGCGUCAUCAAACAUUGCUGCAAGCAGUCCCGUUUCUA